AAGAAAUACGACGGAUGGUAACUUCAAUAACUCUGAAGAAUAGUGGAAUUAGGGGAGAGCACUUUGCCUAGAUAUUGUUGCUAUCAACAAUGCAAAAUGGCGGCGGUUAUUUGAUCACAGGCUGAUUUUCUCGGUGGAAUAACAUCAGUAUUUGCAGAAACGUAGAUAAACAUCUUAGAAAGGACCACUGCAUUAUUUAAAAUGGCUGCUUCUCUUCGUGGCCUCAGCCCUGUGCUGAAAGAAUACCUCAGAGUCAACAGGAUGCCUGAUAUUUAUGAGGCUUUGCUGACCGGACUGUCUAUCAUGUGCCCUGAAGAUUACCUCACGUUCAUUCUGGAGAAGCUCAUGUUCCUCAAGGAGAACGGGCUCGGCACCCUGGCAUGGGACAUGUUUAUCGAGGAAGAGAUGAAACCAAAGAUGAAGAUAGUGUCUGAGAGUAAUCUGGAUAUGAUCUUUAACUUUGAGGAGUGGCUCAUACCAACACCAGAGAUGUACGCAACAGCAUAUGACCACUACAACUUUAAACUAAAAGAAAUGUGUUUCUGUGCAAUGCUACAAUAUCACCUGAUGCAGAAAAGAAAGCAGGAAGCUUUACAAGAAAGAAUCAACAUGGCCGUCAAGCACCACUGUAACAGAAUGCUCCGAGUGCAUGUACAGAUAUGGAAGGCUUGGGUCAAGUACAGGAAAGGAAGACAAGCGAUGUCGUUCCAGAAAAUCCAACACGUGUAUCAUGUGUCUGUCGGGCGCGUCAUUUUUGAAGCCUGGUACAAACACACUCUGGAAGCCCGUAAACAGAGGGAAUACUUUGAGAAACUGAAGCGUCUGGAGCGUGGAGAAAACAUGGAGGACGACGACCUGUUUGGUCAGGGCACGGGGGAGGCCAGGGACAGUGUGUCCACUCUGCCCUGGAAGAUUGCCAUACAGAUAUUUAGCUACCUGGAUGUGGCCGACAUAGCCAACUGUGCGUGCGUGUGUCGCUUCUGGAAGGUUCUCACUCAGGCCAACUUGCUCUGGAGCAGGAUCAACUUCUGUAACGUACAGAAAAGACUACAGCAUGGAGUGACAGACAAAGUGGCCACACGACUGUUGUUUAAGGCUCGGCCGUACCUCAUCCACCUGAACCUGAGGACCUGUCACCAUCUGACGCGACCUACUUUCAUCAGCGUCAGUGAAUGUCGGAACCUGCAGGAUCUCAACCUGUCAGAGUGCACUGGUAUUGAUGACGAGACGCUCAAGGUUGUGGUCAAAGGCUGUAAGAUUCUUCUGUACCUGAACAUCGCCCAUACCAACCUGACAGACGCCAGUCUCAGGGCCAUCAACAAGUAUUGUAUGAACCUCCAGUACCUAAGCCUGGCCUUCUGUGCCAAGUUCACCGAUCGCGGCCUUCUCUACCUCGCCUCGGGCAAGUGUCACCAGAAACUUCAGUACCUGGACAUGUCCGGCUGUCUACAGAUCACACCUCAAGGCUUCCAGUACCUGGCCAACGGCUGCCCCAACAUACAGAGUGUGAUUGUGAAUGAGUUCCCAACGCUGCUGGAUGAGUGUAUCAUGAUCAUGACAGAGAAAUGCCUCAAGAUCCACACCCUGUCCAUGCUGGGCUGUCCCCUGAUCACAGACGAGGCCUUCAAGAAACUGGCUCACAACAAGAACUUACAAGUCCUCAAGAUGGAUGGUAAUUACCGAGUGUCCGACGCGACCAUGAAGCUCCUGGGGCGCCAGUGCCUGGACUUGCGGCACGUGUACCUGGCAGACUGCCAGAGACUGACAGACGCGACGCUCAAGGCCUUCUCUGCGUGCAAGAACCUGGUGGUGUUGAAUAUAGCUGAUUGUGUCAGGAUCAGCGACGCGGGCGUCCGCCACUUGACCGAGGGUCCGGCCGCCUCCAAACUGCGAGAACUCAACCUGACUAACUGUGUGCGUGUUGGAGACAUGGCUAUGGUCAACUUACACAAGAGGUGCCACAGUCUGACGUACCUGAACGUGAACUUCUGCGAGCACAUCAGCGAGGCGGGCAUCGAGCUUCUGGGUCAGAUCCACAGCCUGGUGGCACUGGACAUCAGUGGAUGCAACUGUGGGGACCAGGGUCUGUCUGCGCUGGGUCACAACUCGGGCCUGAAGGACGUGGUGUUGUCCGAGAGUGGGAGCAUCACCGACCUGGGCCUGCAGAAGUUUGCUCAACAGUGUAAGGAAAUAGAGAGGCUGGACCUCUCACACUGCAUGAACUUGACUGAUGGUGCCAUCAAGAACCUGGCGUUCUGCUGUCGGAUGCUCACCGUUCUCAACCUGUCCGGAUGUAAACAUGUGACGGACCUGAGCAUCCAGUACCUGUCUGGUGUGUGUCACUAUCUGACCCAGCUGGACAUCAGUGGAUGCAUACAGAUCAGCGACAAAGCGUUGAAGUACUUGAGGAAAGGCUGCAAGAAGCUCAAGUGUUUGAACAUGAUGUACUGCAAGAAAAUCACCAAACAUGCCGCUCAGAAACUCCAGAGACACGUGGACGUCGUUGAGUACAACAACGAUGAAGUGCCGGCCUACUUCGGCUACUGAGCUCCAGACUCGUGACCAGUAGUGUGUCAUCGGUGUUGAAUACAUUCCGGGAAUAAGAAAAAAAAAGAAACGAGUCUUUGUUUUGCCAGUUUCAGUAUCACAGCUGAAGUCCCCUUUUUAAUUUGGAAACAUUUUAGCCAUUGGAUGGAAAGCUAGGAUUUUAUUUCUAAUGUUUUGCAAACAGCUAAUUAUAAUUUGUGUACAAGACACAAAAUUAUCGGCCGGCUGUUCCGAUGUACAAAGCCCCUAAUUUUUUCUUUUUUUUUCUUUGAAAGCAGGGAAAGAUACGUUAUGUUGGUGUAGUGGUUAAAAGAAUGAAAUAGUUUUUUUUCUCUCUCCUGAAAAAUUUGGAUUCCUUGGCUUAGUACAUUUAAACUAUAGCUUUAUGAGGAAACAUGAUAUCUGUUUUAUAUAGCUUGAAAAUCUGUACAAUACAAGGUGGUAGGCAGGCAAAUGUACACGUGUAUGAAAGAAUGUCGUUUUGGGCCUGUUGGAUUUGGCGUAAAUCUGAUUAAGGCUGUUCUCAUAUCACGUUGACCGUAAAACUGUACAUAUGUAUGUAAUCGCCUUCUGUGCAACCCCCCCCCCCCC